AUGCAUUACCGACGCCUCCUGUUUCGCAUCGUCUACGCAUCCAUCUACCUGCUCUUCUACUUUCUGCUCCUCGGGCUGCUCCUCGUCACCAUCAGCGAUACCAUCAGCGAGUCGCUGCGCAAUGAGCAAAACUACAACGUCUGGAUCGUCACCAUUUCCGUCGUCGUCACCGUCGUCGUCGUCGGCUUCGUCUACGUUUUCCGGCUCUACAUCAACAAGACGGCCCUGGCGUCGAUCCCCAAAGCAUGGGUGCCCAUAGAGAAAGGAGACGUCAAGGAUGCCGUGUACAAGGCCAUCGCCGCCGGGCUGGAUCGCAGCGCCUUCAUUGCGUUCGAAGCGCAGCCAAGGGUCGAGGCGGACGGGCGCGGACAGCUGGGGCAGUUGAGCGAGGCGCCGCGAUCGAAGUGUGAUGCAAGGGCGACCAAGACGGCGGCCGAAGAGCUUGCCGUCGCACGGCCGUCGCGCCACGCUGUCUGGGGCGACAUUGAGCAUCACGGAUGGGCGUCCCCUGUCUCGCCCGACAUGCCGAACCUGCAAUACGGCAUCGUCCUGUUGGAGCUGCCCAAUCUUGUCGAGGGCAAGGCGCUGGCCCUGGCCCCGGCAGACCCGACCGCGCCGACCAAUCCCCCGAUUAUGGACCCGGAGGCGGUAGACCUGUUGCAGCGGUCUCCAAACAUGAGCCUGCGAGGCUAUGUCGACCACCUGGCGGACCUGGGCGUGGUGCCCGCGGGUUCGACGACGGCCGAGUUCGUUUCGCAGUACGAGCAUGCGCGCUUCUCGAACCGACCGAUUUCCAACGCCCGGUUCCGCGAGCUCAUGCAUCUAUUUGCGGAGGUCCUGCGCGCAAUGCGGCCCAUGGACCUUGUGGCUCUGGGCGGCGGGUGGGCGACGGCGGCGUCGUCGGAGAGCGACAUUGACAACGACGCGCCCAUGGACACGGACCCGCCGUCGCCGCGCAGCAGCCUCUCCCGCGCCGGGACCGCGAGCACGCAAGGGUCGACGCGAAGGCCCAUGCGACACUCGUCGGCCCCGGGCUGGGCCGCAGGCGUGCCGUUUGGUGAGCCCGGCGGCGGCGGCAGCUUCGCGCAGUCGAGGCGGCCGUAUCCUGCCCACCAGCCGUCGAGCUCCAGCCUGCGGUCCCGGGCGUCGAGCAGCGGGGCCGGCUCCGUGAUCCGGCUGGCGACGCGCGAGGACCCCGGGGCCCUGCCGUACGUCCUCAAUCUGAGUGCCACGGCCGGCAGCGGCUGA